AUGUCCUCCCAGCCCACCUUCAACUACUACUCCGAGCUGGGCGUCGACCCGUCGGCGUCGGCCGCCGAGAUCAAGGCUGCCUACCACCGUCUUGCCCUUCAGCACCACCCCGACAAGAACCAGGCAAACAAAGACGAUGCCACCGUAAAGUUCCAGCGAGUGAACGAGGCGGCCGAGGUCCUCAUGGACGAGACCAGGCGCCGCAACUACGACGCCAGGUCCCAGGGCGCCCAGCACAUAUCGCCGACAGCUGCAGCCAUGCGGGCCUGGGUCUGGGCCAACAUUGUCGAACCUAGCUUGCGUGAGCAAGCUGACCUCGAGCGCGAGCACGAGGCCCAGGUCCAGGCAAGGGCCAGGAGGGCCGCCGAGAACGAGGCGCACCGCAAGGCCAAGGAGAAGGCACUCCGCCAGGCCCAAGAGAUCGAGGCGAAGAGAGUCGCCGAUGAGGAGGCCCGCCGCGCCGCCAAGGAUGCAGCGGCCAAGGCCGCGGUCGAGGAGAGUGAGCGCCGCAGGGCCGACGAGGAGGCCUCCCAGGUGCGGGCCUGGGUCCUCGCCGGGGCCGUCACGGACCAGCAGAAGCGGGAGGAGUGCCUCCACUCGGAGUACUGCGCCAAGACGGUGCAGAGGAGGAAGGUCAGGUGCGGCUGCUGUGCCGUCAAGCGCGGCAUCGUCGCCUUCGUGUGCCCGUACUGCGACGAGACCCUCUGCUCGCUCUGCGUCCAGAACUUCACGCAGGCCAGGAAGGAGCGCAUGGAGGAUGAGGAUGCGGGAAGAGUCGCUGAGAGCUGCCAGACCAUUUAA